CGGAUGCAUCAUAGAGAUAGAGCUAUUCUGCCAGUUGGGAGCUGGCAUCAAAAUGAAUCCAUAAUUUCUAAAUCCUUUUGAAUUAGCUAUUUCGCUAAUAAUAAAUCCCUAACCACAGACUGCAAAGGUAGUCAAAUUAGAAAGUAAGAGCGGCGAGGCAAAUUCACGAAUAAGUCUCGCCGUCGCUCUGCGGGGAGCAAACGCGGAGGCGGGCGAAGGGCAAAGCCUGCGCACUCGGAAGUCGGACUCGGCGAGCCUUAAUGCGGAGCGCUUGCUGGAAGGCCCCGGCAAUGCUGCGGAGAGAACCGAUUGCACGCCUCCAAAAGGCCAGGGCGAACUCUGCGGCGGUGGAGGGGUCUGAGUAAGACCCGAGGCCGAACAUGCAAGACGACGAAGGAGGAGGAGAAUCGGACGCCGGAGGGUCCGCGCGCGGCGAAAUGGAAGGAUUUUGGAGUCAAAAUAUAUUAGAUUAUUUUCUGAAUACCAAGCAAAUUAAAUCAAGAGAUGGAGCUGAAAUCAUUUGGUAUCACAGAGCAAACAGUAAGCAACGCAUGAAAGAGGCAAUACAGGGUGCUGCUCACAUGAUAGAAGCAGAUGUCCUGCUUUAUGGUAAUCACCCAGUCAUGGCUCAUCCACCUGAAACAAAUAGCGAUAACACACUCAAAGAAUGGUUAAAUGAAAUUAAAAGCACCAAUAAAGGGAUGAAGCUUGAUUUUAAAAGCCUAGAAGCUGUGAAUCCCUCAAUGAAGCUUCUUGGAGAUCUGCAACUUAGGCAACCUAUUUGGAUAAAUGCAGACAUACUUCUAGGGCCAAAAGGAAAUCACCCUGUUGUAGAUGCAAAGGGAUUCCUGGACACAGUGAUCUCAUCUUUUCCAGAUGUAACUUUAUCUUUGGGAUGGACUGUUGGGAGAAUUAAUUCACAAUGCAAUACAGGUUACAGUUUAGCCAUGGUACAAGAAAUGGCAGCAAUAUGUAGAGAUCGUACUCAGCCAAUCACAUUUGCCGUAAGAGCUGAUUUGGUUUGUCGGUCAAUAUCUGAACUUCUAUGGUUACUACAGCAAUCAGACAGGUACACAUUAACUAUUUGGACUGGAAAGGAUGAUGAAUAUUCCGUAGAUGAUUUACUCUUCAUCAGACGCAGCUUUGAUGAAUAUAGAGUUUUUUAUGAUAUCUUGGAGCCACAAAAUUCUAAAUUCAGAGAAGCAAUAGGAAUAUUGAAAGGACAAAUAAAACAGCCCUGUCAAAAUGUAUUUAGGCAUUAGACUGAGUGGAAAAAUGCAUUACAUUGAAUUGUAAAUUUCCAUCACUGAUGGAACACAAUUUUAUUUACUGAAGUGGAUGCUUUCAUCAAGUUCCCUUCCACAGUUUCAUCUUCUGCCUUCACAAAAUUUGCUCUUAUGAAUGGUAUGGAAUUUUGGAGGGGAGGAAAAUAAAUCAGAAAAUAAAUCAGGUUAAUGGGCAUCAUUUAGGAGGAGAUGUGUGUGUAAGACAUGGGCUACUAUUAUGAAGGCUGUACUCCUUUGUAUGGAAAUAAAGUUGCCAAAUCAUCCUGGA